CUUUGAAGUAUAAACUUUCAACCGAAUCUGGGUUAUUUGCUAUAUUUGCCAAUUAAAUUUAUUGCAUAAUUCAUAUUCUUGAAUAUACGACUUAUCGUAUUCUCUCUAGCGAUUUAUUGAAAUCGAGAAGGUACCAGGUGUAAUAUUUGGUUAAAAUGUUCGCCGCACGCAAAAUUGGAAAUUUAGUGCGGUCGGCGGGUGCUUCUCGUCAAAAGCACACUCUCCCUGAGCUACCAUAUGAGUACAAUGCUCUAGAGCCAGUUAUCAGCCGUGAGAUUAUGAGUUUGCACCAUAGCAAGCAUCAUGCAACCUAUGUCAAUAAUUUGAAUGCAGCAGAAGAGAAAUUGGCACAGGCUCAAGCAAAAGGUGAUAUACAAACAAUUAUUAGCCUCGCUCCAGCCCUGAAGUUCAAUGGGGGUGGUCACAUCAAUCACGCUAUCUUUUGGCAGAACCUCUCCCCAAAGGGUGGAAAACCUUCCGAUGCUCUCGUCAAAGCUAUUGAAAAGGACUUUGGUUCAUUGGAAAACAUGAAAAAUCAAUUGGCUGCCGCGUCUGUGGGAGUACAGGGCUCUGGUUGGGGAUGGCUCGGGUACAACAAAAUGAUGAAGAAAUUACAAAUAAGCACAUGCCAAAACCAAGAUCCUUUGGAGCCUACUACUGGUCUUGUUCCCCUCUUCGGAAUUGAUGUAUGGGAGCAUGCUUACUAUCUUCAAUAUAAAAACGUGCGCGCUGACUACGUGAAAGCUAUUUUCGACGUCGCAAACUGGGAAGACAUCUCGUCAAGAUAUGAAAAAGCCAUGAAGUAAUCUCAGCAUGUUAUGCGAGCCUUGUAGAUGCAAAGGCUAAAAGA